AUGAAAGCUGCGCAUAGUACGUCUCAGAAGACGAUUCAUUUUGCUGACUUCGGCAUCCCCGACUGCUGUCUUGGUCAGAUGAUGCCUAUGAGACCUGUCGACUCGUCCUCUUCUCGAGGAAGGUGGGGGCCAACCCACCUCACCGGCGUCCUGCAUGCUCUCGCAAAUCUCUACCCUUCUCCUCUUCAGCAGCCUAGUUAUGGAUUUAAACGGCCAAGAAGAAGCCUCGACGGCACCUCUCCUGAAGACCAUUGUCUUGAGAUUCGUCAGUCAGUCCGAAUCGGCUCAGAUGCUCGGUCUGUGUGGAAGGUGUAUGGGAGCCCGAGGCCCUCUGCCCUCCAGCACUCGCGAGUUGGACAAGUCCAA